UAAAUGUUGAUGGAACAAUGAGGAAAACCCUCCUAGAAGAUAAGCUUCCACAUAUAUUUGGGUUCACACUGCUGGGAGAUUACAUCUACUGGACCGACUGGCAGAGACGAAGCAUUGAAAGAGUUCACAAGAUAAAGGCUAGCCGAGAUGUCAUUAUUGAUCAGCUGCCAGAUUUAAUGGGCCUUAAAGCAACAAGUGUUAGCAAAGUGUUUGGAACUAAUUCGUGUGCAGAGAACAACGGAGGCUGCAGCCAUCUGUGUUUAUUUACACCUCAGGAGACCAGGUGUGCCUGUCCCAAUGGCCUUGAGCUGUUGAGUGACAUGAAGACUUGCAUCAUUCCCGAAGCCUUCUUAGUUUUCACAAGCAGAGCAGCAAUCCAUAGGAUUUCCCUUGAAACCAAUAAUAAUGAUGUUGCUAUUCCUCUCACUGGAGUCAAGGAAGCAUCUGCUCUGGAUUUUGAUGUGUCUGAUAACAGAAUCUAUUGGACUGAUGUUAGUUUGAAGACCAUAAGCCGAGCUUUCAUGAAUGGGAGCUCUGUUGAACAUGUGAUUGAGUUUGGGCUAGAUUAUCCCGAGGGAAUGGCUGUAGACUGGAUGGGAAAGAACCUCUACUGGGCAGAUACUGGAACCAAUCGCAUUGAAGUAGCCCGCCUGGAUGGACAGUAUAGGCAGGUGCUUGUGUGGAAGGACUUGGACAAUCCGAGGUCUCUGGCUCUUGAUCCUACCAAAGGAUACAUGUACUGGACUGAAUGGGGAGGGAAACCUAGGAUUGUUCGAGCAUACAUGGAUGGAACAAACAGCAUCACUUUGGUGGAUAAAGUGGGUCGUGCCAAUGACCUCACUAUUGACUAUGCAGACCAAAGGCUGUAUUGGACUGACUUAGACACAAGCAUGAUUGAAUCAUCAAAUAUGCUAGGACAAGAACGAGAAAUCAUAGCAGAUGAUCUACCUCACCCGUUUGGAUUAACCCAAUACAGUGACUACAUCUACUGGACAGACUGGAAUCUACACAGCAUAGAAAGAGCAGACAAGACCAGUGGGAAGAACAGGACGCUUAUUCAGGGUCAUCUGGAUUUUGUGAUGGAUAUAUUGGUCUUUCAUUCUUCUCGUCAGGAUGGCUUGAAUGAUUGUGUGCAAAAUAACGGCCACUGUAGUCACUUGUGCCUUGCCAUACCAAAUGGAUUUAGGUGUGGCUGUGCUGCUCAUUAUACCUUGGAUCCCAACAGCAGGAACUGUAGCUCUCCUGCCAGCUUCCUGUUGUUUAGCCAGAAAUCUGCAAUCAACCGGAUGAUACCAGAUGAUCAGCAAAGUCCAGAUAUCAUCCUUCCUAUGCAUGGUCUAAGGAAUGUCAAGGCCAUUGAUUAUGAUCCCUUAGAUAAAUUGGUCUACUGGGUGGAUGGACGUCAGAAUAUUAUAAAAAGAGCUAAAGAUGAUGGCACUCAGCCUUUCACUGUCAUGAGUACUCCAAACCAAAGCCAGAACCCAGAGAAGCAGCCACACGACCUCAGCAUUGAUAUAUACAGCCACACCUUGUACUGGACCUGUGAGGCCACAAAUUCAGUCAAUGUCCACAGGCUGAACGGCGAGUCAAUUGGAAUGGUGCUGCGAGGGGACCACGACAAGCCCAGAGCCAUUGUAGUGAAUGCAGAGCGAGGGUACAUGUACUUCACCAACAUGCAAGAGCGAGCUCCCAAGAUUGAGCGUGCAGCCCUUGAUGGCACAGAGAGAGAAGUGCUUUUUACAACUGGGUUGAUCCGACCAGUAGCACUGGUGGUUGACAACAAACUUGGAAAGCUUUUCUGGGUGGAUGCAGAUCUGAAGCGCAUUGAAAGCUGUGACUUGUCAG